UCUCUCUUGCAUUUUGGAGUUUCACACAUUUGUGUUUUAAGCUCUCUGAGUUUCCUUCAGCAAAUCUGUGAUCCAAACUGGGUUUGGAGUUGCCACAGAAAAUGGACUGGGUCUAGCAAUGAAUUUGAUCUGGGAAUUAACUGGCUUGGAUCUACUUAGAGGCCACUAACAGCUGACUGGGUCAGAAAAUAAGUGGUAGUAAGCAGUAAUGUUGCAGAAGUCAUAAAAUUUGGCUUUGGAAAAUUCACAGGGAUUUUUGUGUUCUACCCAUUUGUUUCAUUUUUCUUGUGCACCUAGGUAGGAAAAUUCAUUGGCUAAGUUAAUCAAAACAAUCUGAGAGUAAAGCCAGUAUUUUGGGUAAAAAUGGUGUCCUUAAUUUCUGAAAAACCGAGUUCCUUCUGGCUUAUACAUUAGGCCUGGGAAGCAGCAAAGCCUUACAGAAAUGGCAAAAUCUUACUAAAGAUAACUUAGAAUGGAACAUUCCAAAUGAAAAAAAGAAAUGCAUUGAACUACAUUUAAAAAUGAGGGCUCUCAGUAAGUCCCUUUUGUCUAAGAACUGUUUUGGCACUAUGGGAUGUCACCUGUUAUGCUCUUUGGCAUAUUUGUAAGAUUUCUGAAUGUUAAUUCAAUAGAAGUUUACAGACACGUUUCAAAAUUUUUCCAUUUUUUUUUCUUAUUUUUGUAAUGAAACUGGGACAAAUUUCAAAAUGGUUAUAAAUCUGACAUAUUUGGCCCUAAGGAAUUAAAGAAAAUCUUUGGCAACUUCUGCUCUGAGGUUUCCAGUCACAACUGUUCUUAGAUAUUUUCUAUUCCAGAAGAAAGAAGACUCCUCAGGCAUCUGAUGAUCAAAAUACAAGGAAGAGUUAUGAUGGUGGCGGUGGUGGACUGUUCUGCUACAGGCAUUUGGGAAGCUCACAGAGCUCUGAAUAUUCACUUUUAAUUCAUUCCACCAUGGAAGAAAGGCAUGGGUUUUGGAGCCAUUCGUAUAUGGUUUCAAAAUCUGACUCUGGCAUUUAUCCCUGUAAGAACUUGAGAAGUUUGUUUAGUCUCUCUAAGUUUUGGUGUAUUAAAAAUGAAGAUGAUACUAACAAUACCUACAUCAUGAGUGUUACUUGAAUGGAGAUGUGUAAAGUGAAUGUUAAAUUCAUUUGGUCCUUUAACAUUUUCCCUUCACUUCUUGUCAGAGUUUUUUCUUGGAGGGCUCAAGGACUGAAGCAUCCCACAAAAUGAUUCUACUGGAUAAUUCCGAGCAGCUGCUGGCCCUAUUCGAAUCUUUAGCAAGGAGCAUUCCUGAGUCCCUGAAGGUGUACGGCUCUGUGUAUCACAUCAAUCACGGGAACCCCUUCAACAUGGAGGUGCUGGUGGACUCCUGGCCUGAGUAUCAGAUGGUUAUUACCCGGCCUCAAAAACAGGAGAUGACUGAUGACAUGGAUUCAUACACAAAUGUAUAUCGUAUAUUCUCCAAAGACCCUCAAAAAACACAAGAAGUUUUGAAAAAUUGUGAGAUCAUCAACUGGAAACAGAGACUCCAAAUCCAAGGUCUUCAAGAAAGUUUAGGUGAGGGGAUAAGAGCAGCUGCAUUUUCAAAGUCAGUGAAGGUAGAGCAUUCGACAGCAGUCCUCUUGGUUACGGAAGAUAUUCUGAAGCUCAAUGCCUCCAAUAAAAGCAAGUUUGGAAGCUGGGCUGAGACAGGCCACCCAGAUGAUGACUUUGAAAGGGAAACUCCCAACUUUAAGUAUGGCCAACUGGAUGUAUCUUAUUCUGGGCUGGUAAAUGACAACUGGAAGCUAGGGAAGAAUGAGAGGAGCCUGCGCUACAUCGAGCGCUGCAUAGGAGCCCUGCCAGCAGCCUGUAUGCUGGGACCAGAGGGGGCCCCAGUCGCAUGGAUAACCAUGGACCCUUCUUGUGAAGUAGGAAUGGCCUACAGUGUGGAAAAAUACCGAAAGACAGGCAAAAUGGCACAGGUGAUGGUGCGAUACAAGAAGUAUCUGCUUCAGAAGAAUAUUCCAUUUUACAUCUCUGUGCUGGAAGAAAAUGAACGCUCCCGCAGCUCUGUGAAGGCGGCAGGUUUCUUUGAGGCCUCCUGUGAGUGGCACCAAUGGACCUGCUACCCACAGAAUCUAGUUCCAUUUUAGACAAUGAAGCUGCUUAGCAAUUUGGGCAAGCCAUCUCUUAAUAUUAAAGCAGACACCACAGAAUAGCUUUCUUCACUUACAAAUGUCGAUUGGACAUUUGUGAUACGGCAGGAACUCUUUCUCACGUGGAGACUUGAUGUUAAAAGACACAGCCAUGCUCUUGAGGAGCUCACAAUCCAGGCUGGAGGCAGGGGAGGGUAUAGUCUUUAAUUAUGCUUAAGUGUUGUAGGGAAGGACCGAGUUACCAGUAAACAUGUAACUAGAAAGCCAGGCUCAGUUCUUACCUCUGGGAAUCAGAACUCUUUAUGAAACUUGGUUGAUAGAAUCUACUAUCUGGAAGAUAAAUAAAGAACUUUAAUAAAAUUGUCAACAGAAUAUACCUAAUUUAUAUUGAUACUUUAUUAGAAAUAAAUACCACUGCUAUGUAUGGAUUUAUGAUGCAAUGACGACACUGAAGAAUGGAAUCCAUCUCUUAGUUUAGUGACUAGCAAGGUAUCAAAGGUGAAGCCUCAGACAAAUGGGCUUCCUAGGCUACCUUUCAUCAUUGUUAUGCAGAAUAGGAUCUCCAGAGAAUCAAGUGGGCUGGCCUUGAGGCCUCUGCUAUGGAAAUGAUAUUUGUUUUGCCUCCUUUCUCCUACUCUUUCUCAUUUCCUCGUCAUUAGUGAAGCAUGGCACAGGACAAGGUGUUGCCUGUGAGUCCAGUUAUAAGUUCAGCUUUUAGUGUUUGCAGCACUAAUAUCUUAAGGGGUCAUGAGCAUUCUGGGGAGAAGUGACCACUAAAGUGAAGACUGAAGAGUGAGUAAGAGUGAGCCAGAUAAAAAAAUCAGAAAAAUCCAGAUGAUGGAAAGGAUACGUGCCAUGCACUAUCAUAAUAACUUUCUAAUUGAACACUUAUAUUAUAAUGUCUGAAUCCCUGAUCUAAAAAAAAAAAAAAAAAUGCACUUCAUGAAAAAACCAUGGCCUCAUUUGGCUCUGCUCUCGCACCCUGACAUUGGAACUUGGAUUACUGUGAAUAUUGAAGGUAUAGCAAAAAGAAAAAAAAAUGGCAUUUUUAUUCUUUCUGAUAGUCUAGAAUUUAAAAAAAUAAAGAAAUUUUAAUACAAUUGGCUUUUGGAGUAAAGUCUACCAGUAUUAACCAACAACUAUCCUCAUAUCUCCAUAAAAAAUAAAUGUCCACAAAAUUGAAUGUUUAUACUUGAUGCGAUUUAAAAGUGUGUAAUUCCAGCACCUAAAGAAUUCUGUAGGUCAUGGAGCUUUUGGAAAACUCCAAUUCAUCUUGGAAGGCUGUGGUAGAUAUGUUACAGCUUAGUAUGAAUAAAUCCAAUCAGAUUUCUAAACUUCUAA